AUGGCAUACUCUGGUCCUUCAGUUACUUUCUGUUUCGGCUCUGACUCGCGGGUAACACUCCCUGAGUUCCUGCUCUCGAGCCCACCUUCGGGGGGGAUCACCUUCGGUUCUUUUACCGACUCGGCGUACGUCACUCUGGGCGGGCCGACCCCCUCCGAGGAUGCUGCCUUCUCUCCCCCGCAGAGGAGAGGACGUGCAGCCUUGCGACCUUUUAGACUACAUGUCGUUUGGCAGCCAGCCCGAGCACUCGCUCGUCCCUAUGAUGUUCGUGCGCAGCCAGUGCGCCCGAUGGUUAGGCAGCCAGUGCCUAGGCCACUCCCUGUUCACCCGGUUCAUCCAAUGGUCAGGCGGCCAGCACCUGUCGCUCCUAUUAUUCGUGUAGCCCCGGCCCCUCAGCACCGGCAACUAGUAGCAGUUCCUUUACCCGCUAUCCCGGUAGAGGCUGCUCGUGCCCGGGUCUCCCCUCCUUCCUCUUCAAGGAAGAGGGUUGCUCAGGCCGAGCUUCCUCCACCCCCUACUCGUGGGGUUUCAGUUUUCACCCGGUUGUCUCACCCCGAGGCUGCCGAGGAGACCCCGACACUCCCUUCAGUAGUUUAUAUUCCUCCUGUCCAGCCAGUUAGUACGGACAUAGCUUCUUCCUCCACCUCUGGCCUUGGGAGAAGGGCUAGGAGGAAUAGGAACAGGAGAUUGUGCUUAGCGGAAUCCGAUGCAGCAGUUCAGUGGAUGGCAGAUUCUAUGGCUCAACAGGAGCCGGUUUAG